AGUUGUGAGGGAGCCGGGGGGACGGGGCAGGGAGAGGAGUCGGCGUCAUUGAUGCUCUGCUGAGGGGAAAUGAGAGCAGCGGCUUUUCCUCCUGUCCGUCUGUCUCCCUACGUUUGUGUUUUUCUCCCCCCUCUCCUCUCUAAUUGUCUCCCGUCCUGGCUGCCGCUGCAAUGUGGCUGGCUCUGCAGUGAAAGUGCUGGCUGGCUGGAUUCUCCUUGACUGAACCCUGACUGUGCGCAGUGUGUGUAACUCCGCCGCUGUCCUAUCCACACUGACUCAGCUGUGCAGCCUGCCGGCCUCUGAGAGAGCACCGGCUGCAGGAGCAGUCUCUUUCACAGGAGUGUAGUGGGGGCUGGCGGGCAGGCUCCUCACCCCCAGCUGCUGCAGGAGCACAGCUUGGACUUGUUUGGGCUGAAGACACCCAGACAGCAGCUUCCAGAUUUAAGUCCAGUAUACCAGAGAGGAUAAGUUGCUGUAAAGGAUAUUUUACAAGUUCUCUGGAGCCCGCUGGAUUCUGCUGCAGCAAUUCUUUUGGAGCUGAUCUUGCUGCCAUGGAGGUCCAGUGGGCCGGGGUUGAAGUCCCGAGGAUGGGCCCUCAACACACAGCUGUCGGCCUGAUCUUCUCUCUGCUGCUUGGCGCGUGGUAUGUCCAGGGCCUGGAAAUGUCUGUGGGGAAGAUUCCCUUCCUGCAGGCGGUGAAUGGCAGCACAGUCUUGUUGCCUUGCACGUACUUGAGCUGUAUUGGCAUUAAAGACCUCUACUUCAGCUGGACGUUUAAUGAAAAUGGCACCAUGCAGAAGGUGUGCGAUUCCUUGAUAGUGUCAGAGGAGUCGAAGCCAGAAGUGAGUAUAUAUCGAGAGCGGGUGGAGUUUAUUGGGAAGAACAUUGACCGCAACGUCUCCAUCUUGCUGUGGAACAUCACCUUCGAGGACGCAGGCGAGUGGACUUGUUUUGGACGCAACCCCAAAGAAAAGGGCCGGAACCACAGCACCAUCUUCACCCUCAUCGUGGUGGACGAGUUGAGGGUGGUGGACAACACACUGACCAUCAUCAUAGCCUCUGCUGUGGGCGGAGGAAUCGCAGGGCUAAUGGCCUUCAUGUUGCUCAAGAACUUCACUCUUUUUGUUCUUGCCAAGCUUGAGGAGAAAAAUAAGGAGUGCCUUGUAACUUCAUCAGGGAUCGACAACACAGAAAAUGGCCUCUCAGGAUCCAAAGCUGAUUCAAAACCAACACCAAAAAGGAAAUGAGAAAGUGCACGUAUAUAACAGCAUAUAAGUACUUAUAAUGAUGUACUGUUGCAUAUAUUUGUAUAUGCACACGUGUUUGCACACAAGCAAAUUCAUUAUGUUUAGGUAGGUUCUUAAAAACUGCCUGGCUGUGGCCUUCAAAGGUGAAUACAUACAUGUGCACGGAAAGGUAGCUGUGCAGAUGAUAUACAACUAUAGCUUGUGCAAGUCAAUGCACACAUAAUUAUUUAAAAUGUGCUCAUAACUUUAAAGAAAACAAUAUUUAAAGGAUAAUGUCACCUACCAUAAACACUUAUCCUCUAUAUACUGUAUAUAGGAUUCAUAUGUACUGCCCACCUGGAAUCCCAAAGACCCUUUGCCAACACAUUACCAGAAAAAACAACUGAAAGGUGUCUUUGUUUUUCUUUUGUGUGUGGCUUGCUGUAUCUUAUGAAAUGUCCCUAUUAAAGUUAAUGUGCACUUUUACUUAAUGAAAUGUGACCUGGUGGCGCACAGAGCCUGUAUAUCAGGUCCAAAAAGCAACUAGGAAAAACACUGUUACCAAGUUGCCUCUGGUUAGUUAGACAGUGGAUGGAACACAUUGCUGUGGCAACAGUCACAAAGGACUUGUUACCUUAAAAGGUAGUUUUACAACUUAACUAUUAAAAAAAGAAUAGUCUGGAAAUUCUUCAACUGAUCGAUUCCCCACUGUUCGGCAGGCUCUGUAAAAUAUAAACGCAUCAAAAUUGUAUUAGAUUUGUUGAUUUAUUUCUGGAUUUUUGGUCUUUUGAAAGAUUCCCAGUGGUCAUCAUCUGAUACCUCCACACCUAAAAGCAUGCUUGUUAAUGAGCAUUAAGCUACGUGUCUCUGGUUGGUGGUUUCUUGUUGAAUUGGUUACAUUAAAACCAAAGUAUGCACACAUUUUAUUAGAUUAUGGGAAUGUUUGUGUGAAUGUGUUUGUACAUUUAUUGUGUGUGUGUGUGUGUGUGUGGGUUUAUUCAAGAAAAGAUACCAGCAGUUGUAUAUCAUUUUGCACAUAUCAAAAUCUGUGGCCACAGCCAGAGUACAUACACAUUUAAACUUUGACUGUUUUCAUCCGAAGUCAAAACAAUAGAUUUUUUUGUUUAAGCGCUUGAGACAGGAUAAAAUGCAAUGUAGUUAUAGCUGGGCUGAAUCCCUCUUUAACAAACACCAAAUUCAAAGUAUCCCUUUGAUGAGAUGGACAUCUGAGUCAACAUCAAAUUAUAUGAUGUGAUAUGAUGUCUGAUUUAUUCAAACAACUAACAAAACAAAGUGUUCUUUGUAACAGAAUAUUAUAGGACUCAGCCCAGCUCUUUAUCCUGUACCUUUCUGCUUGAUAUAAAACACAGGUGCCUGUUAGUGCUUCUAUGCUCCUCUGCCAGCGGGGACAACUACAUAUUGCAAAACAGUUUAUAAAGCUCAGCAAAAAAGUAAUAAUACAAUAAGCUUCUGAACUGACAUGAUAGACAAUCCCUUAAAAACAACCCCACCCCUAGAAAAUGAAUGACCCUCUGAUGAUGCUGCUUUUAAGACAAAUAACCAAUGCAUUUUAAGCAUGUGCAACACAAGCCAGAUUUUAGAUACAAUGCUUGAAAACAAAAACCCUUCCUUUUUGGAGAGGAAACAUGCUCCGAUGUACUAAGACUGAUAGAGUCAGCUCUGAGGUUAACUGUAAAUCCCAUUGUAUGCCAUGCUAAUUUCAUUGUGCUAACCCUUGCUAAGGCUAAGCAUUUUUUGGUGACGUCGCCCUGGACACUGUAUGCCUUGAUCAAACUCAACAUAUAUUAGUACGGGCCACCUUGUAAAACAUGACUUGUUUCUUCUUAAACAGAGACAAAUCAGUCUGUGUUUUGCAAUAAAUUCACAGCAGUGAAAAGAUGAUCCUGCCCAUGCAUUCAGUAAAUUAACACCCAUUUCAAAUGUUAUCAACCCAUUAAAUGGCCUUUUAUCAGUUGUUAUCACUGCCAUUGAAUUGUAAUGCUGUGAAAUGGUCACGAUUUUAAACAUGUAAAUGUAACAAAAACACUUUGUUAGGUUUUGAAGAUAAUGGUUUAAGUUCAAAUACGUACAUCAGUCACAUAAGUUAAGUUAUACGUAAGUAAAGUGUGUUACCGCUGUUAAGGACAAAAAAGUAUGUUCACUUUCCUUUAUUAUUAAAUAUAGAUCAAGAUUUGAUUCAACAGAGGACACAAAUAGUAAGCGCUUGAUUACAGUUGCAGACAUUGUUGCUUUAAAAAAAUGUUUAGUCCUACACAUUGGCUCCUGUCAUUAUUACUAUGGCUACUACAUGUUGCAACCUAACGAUUUUUGAAUGUCCCAGCGUUGGUCCAACUCACCAAUAGAUAAAAAAGGUCUACUGAGCCAACUAUGAGGUAAAUUAGAGCCAUACCACCUCAAAUCAUUGCUUUGAUGACAACUGGUACAAGGCAUUUAUUCGGCUAAUAAGAUUUGAAGCAGGUGCAUAAACAUCCAUUCAGCCAGCCACUACUUUUUGCAAUAAAUCAUCUUUAGCAACUGCACUGCAGUGAAAAAUAAUUAACAUGGUUGUGCUGACCAUGCAUACAGUAAAUAACGUAUAAAUUCAUACUCUAAAUGAUCAUGGGAUGAGGCCUCAGAAAGCUGGCACGGUAUGGGGGCUGUAGUUCAAGCAGGAAAUAAAACAUGCCAAACAGGGAUGAUUCCUACUGAGCAUCAUGUUAGGAGAUGAAUGUAUCUGCAUCACAUACUAAAGGUGAAUACAAUUUCACCUACAUUUACUGUUGCACAUUUAAGACACUGAAUGUCUGGCUUUAAAAUAAUUACCUCUGGAGAGUGGGACAAAUGUGUGUGUGAGCUCUGGGUCAGAUAUGAUUGUACCUCCCCAGUUUCAGCAGGUGUUAGCUCAGCAUACUGUACACUGUGAGUUUCUGGUGGUGUCUGAAGCUAAUUUUUAUGUUGACAAUAAUGUGCCUCCACAUUAAAGAGACUACAGCCUUUAGUCACUGGCUUGAAGCAAUAUUAUUAAAUGGAUGUGUGUGACACUUUAAAAACACGUUUAUUAUUUUUGUACAUGAUUAUCCAAUGAUGAGAUCAUCAUGCUUUUUUGCUUUUCGAUGCAGAGCUAAAUAAUUCAAUACCACGCCAUCUGACAUGGUGAGUACGAAGCUACAGCUAAUGUCUGCUUAGCUUAGCUUAGCAUAAAUACUGGAAAUGGGGAAACAGCUAGCCUGGCUCUUUACAAAGGAAACAAUCCGCCUACAAACACCUUUAAAUCUCACUUAGCAUGACAUAUCUCAUUUGUUUAAUCUUAAGUGGCACUUAGAGGUGUUGGAAGUUAGAUUUCAUUUUUCAAAAGUGUUUGACAGAGCAAGGCUAGCUGUAUCCCCUGCUGUCUUUAAAGCUAUGCUCAGCUAUCAUUUGAAAAAUAUCCCAUUAAUUAAGUUAUAAACCAGUGGACUAUUUGCUAUAAAAUAUUGAAUUAUUAUUUAGAAAGAAUUAUCAAUUGUGGGCCUAUUUGAUGACACUGAUGGAAAGGCAAAAUUGCAGAAAAAGCUGAGGUCACUUCAUUGUCCCAAUUAUUGGGAUAUUUAAAAAAACAACAACAAGGUCAUUGCAGGUAGAAGGUGCAACGGGUAAUAUAUACAUUUAUCAUAUGCCUUUACAAUGUUAGACUCAAGAGAGAAAAUCCACCUUGGCGAAGAACUGUAUGAAUUGGGUUUUCAAGAUAUCAGGUCUUAACCUCCGGCUGUUGCUUUAAAAAAUGAAUACAAUGUUUAGCAAAUUAUUUUAUGGCAAUGAUUUUUUUUAACUGUUGAAAAGUGGGUUUUCUUUGACUGGCUAAUCUCUGUCAGUUGUUGUCCUGUUAGACUUCAAUGAGUGAAUGAAUUGAGAACGUUUUUGGGCAGUGAUUGUGUCAGUGAGGGCAAAUGAUGACAAGCAACUCUAUGCAAAUCACAAAAGUGACAGUUUGUCACACUGCACCUUUGAGUUACUGUGACAGUUCUGUGAGCAAUACAACAGUAUGAGAUGUCCUGGAUCAGUGGAACAUCCAGAGAGGAGUUUGGAGUGGACUGGAGCCCCUGUACUCGAUCAGACCCUGCAGAGCGUACAGACUCACCAAGUCAUGCUCCACCGCUGCUCUCUGCAUGCUGUACAUCUUUAAAGCUCUUGCUCACCCUUAAAUUAUGUCUCCAUUGUCAACCUUUCAUCUGUCCAUGAGCUCUUAAUGUCUUUAUUAUAGAAACACAAAAUCUAAUAAAGUUUUUAAUAAAAUCU